CCGGUAUUACUAGGAGAGGAAGACAAGCAUGGCCGCCCCCAGCGAGGAGAUCGAGAUAGAGGAGACCCAGGAAGAAAUAGUACCUGAGAUUAGACCAUGCAAGCCUGCUAGGUCCAAUAUAAGUGAUAUUAAGAAUAAAAACAAGAGGAAAAAAUUAUGUAUAGAGUUGAAACGGAAGAAGAGAACGGAAAAGAUAAAGGAAAAAAAGGAUAGGAAGAAAGAAGCUAAAAGACUUGGAGAUGAUGCCCCUCCAAAAAAACAGCCCCACACUAUUGAGUCUUUACGUGAGAAAGACGAGACUAUGGUCGAUGAUGAAGACGAUGAAUUGGAGCAAGAGGAAGCAACAGAUACCUUUGCUUCUUAUUUUUCCAAGUCUUAUGUCCCAAAGGUUCUUGUAACAUGCAGUGACAACCCACAUACAAAAAGUAUAGCAUUUAUUCGUGAGCUGUGUCGUAUGAUUCCCAAUUCCCAACCAAUGUGGAGGAAGAGGUCUAGUAUUAAUAAGAUGAUCAAAAGGGCAACAGCGAAUGGCUUCACUGAUGUGGUCAUUGUUAAUGAGGACAAAAGAAUACCAAAUGGCCUCCUAGUUGUUCACUUACCAGAGGGACCCACAGCACUUUUCAGGCUAAGCAAUCCAAAACUUUGUAAAGAAAUCCAUAGAGACCACAAAGAAAUAUCAGGGCAUAGACCCGAGGUAAUUCUCAAUAACUUCAAGACUAGGCUGGGACGAGUUGUGGCUCGAAUGCUGGGUGCCCUCUUCCAUUAUGAACCAGAGUUUAAGGGGCGAAGAGCAUGUACCUUCCAUAACCAGAGAGAUUAUAUAUUCUUCCGCCACCAUAGGUAUGAAUUUAAGAACCAAGAGAGAGUAAAAUUGCGAGAGAUGGGUCCAAGAUUUACCUUACGACUGCAGUGGUUACAGCAAGGGGCCUUUGAAGGAGAUUAUGAAUGGGCUCUCAAGAGACAUGAAAUGGAAACUUCCAGAAGAAAAUUUUUCCUUUAAUUAGGAUAUCUAGUAUUCUUUCCAAUCAUUGUUUUGUUAUUAAAUUGCAGAAAAUUUGGUAUUCAAUAAUUAUAUAUUGGAAUACAUCACUUUAAACAUGUAAAAAAUCCAGAGUUUUUGCACAUGAAUCCACAAUAAAUUUCUUGAGCCUUCUAUCUUUAUAGUAUUGUACCUUCUUAUAAAGUGGUUAUCUUUUGGUACUUCAUGUGUUGAAGGAUAUGAUUGUUGAGUUUAAUAAAUUUUUAGAUCUCUGUCAUAA